AAAUAAUUUCGUAACAAUGCCAGAUAGUAUAAAUAUGUAGACGUUGUUCUGGAGAUCUGCUUCACUUUCGACCAAUUAUUGAACAGUGACAAGCUUCUCGCAAAACAAAAGAUAUGAAGACGAGUGUCUGCAUUUUCUUAUUUUUCAUUGGCGUGGUUUUUGCAAGAACUCCGCAACAAUCUAACCAUUAUGUGGACCUCGUGUUACGUUCAAAUUUACCGCGAGAGGCAAGAAAUUGGAAUGUCGAUCCCGCUCGUCUUAAUAAUUUUACUACACAACAUAAAGACAAAUUAGGCGGAAUUAAAGUAAACGUCAAUGUAGAGUACUAUAAUGUAAAUAUGACUGGAUUGCUUAAAGUUCGAAGAGAAAAAGAUUGUUCCGGUCUUCGUCGAGAUUUUGGUAAUGUCACUUUAAAUUGCACUCUCGUCUUCAAUGGCGUUAAAAUCCAUUAUAACGUAAAAGCGAAAUACGGAAAACUGCCUAAAGCUAAUGGAAAAGUGACAGCCGAAUUGUCUGGAGAUACCGCAUUUGCAGUAUUUACAACUAGUAUCAACCGAAAUUACCCAGUUAUGAAAGCCUUCUACUUCACUCGAAGAGGAUCACCUAAAGUCAGAGUUAGUGGAUUUGGACCUCUUAAUGAUACUGGAAAGAAAUUAAUACAUAAUGAUAUUUACGUUCAUGCACAAAAUGAAUUCUUGAACGUAGUAAAUUAUAAUUUCGUUCCUGCUCUAAAAAGAGCUGCCUCACAGAGUCCUAUGCCGGCUAUGUAAAUACUUUGUAUGCGUGAAAGAAAAAAUCAUGCAUUAUUCUGUUCGUAAAAAAUACAUGCAAUAAAAAAUUUUCAGUAUUAA